UUUUUUUUUAAGCCUGCCCUGCUGUUCUCCUUUACGUCAUCUCUCAAACUCAACAAGACAACAUGAGCAACCCGACAAGUACAGCGCAGUCGAAUCAUGGAAAACUCAGGCAGACCCUAUAGGGCUAAGCAAAGAGCCUCGGAGAAGGGAGCUACUGCAGCUGACACGGGUGAAAGUUGGAAAAUGCAAGACCAGGUCCAUGGGCAUAACUCAAGAUUGGAGGGCAAGAAGAACCAGGGUGGUCCCUACAAGGCCAGUCCCAAGAAGGGAGGGCUGGGACCGCUGGCCCACUCGCCUGGUGGAUUUCGAGGUGGUCAAAGCCCUUCUCGGAGGGACGACUCCCAGUGGUUUUCAGGCUCAGUGAGCAGUGAUUUCAGUCAAGAGGAUACCUGGCGAGGGUAUUCACAGCAGCAGCACUGGAGGAGGAGAACCCAGGGAGAAAGUCCAAAUGAGGACGGAGAGUACGGCAGGAGAGAGGACGCGGAUGACGUUGCUCAUAAACCUGGAAAAAAGCGUAGGAAGAGAAGCAAGAAGAAAGCUUUGGUUGAAGAGUAUAGGGGCCUUGAAACUGAAGAGUCCAGAGUCUCAGUCCAGGAGCUCCAAAACAUUCAGCAAGCAGAGAGAAGGCUUAAAAAAGACGAGAUACACCCACUAAGGAAGAAUCCCCAUAGCAAUCCGGUGGCACUUUACACCUGCACUUUGUGUGACAUUCUCCUGGAGUCGGUGGCUCAUGCCUUCAAACACACCAGAGACAAACGACACAAGAGGAGGGCUCGGGAGAAACAGGAGCAGCUGAUGCUGACUGAGAUCACGCCUCCGGGUCCGGAGCACGUCAGUGCGGUGACCGCAGCUCUAAAGGCUGUUGCCCAGGAGCAUGGCAUGAAUGACCAGGAUGUUUUACGGAGAGAGAAUGUUGUUUCUAUCAUGCAAGACCUUCUAGUGUCCGUCCUGCCAGAAAUAAGGCUCCGGUUAUACGGCUCAUCUUGCACAAAGUUUGGAUUUAAGGAUUCGGAUGUCAACAUUGACAUUCAGUACCCGCCUCACAUGCAUCAGCCAGAAGUCUUGCUGCUGGUUAAGGAGAGCCUCUCUGGGAGCCCCCUUUUUCUUAAUGUGGAAGCUGAUUUCCAUGCCAGGGUACCCGUGGUCAUCUGUAAAGAAAGAAAGAGUGGCUUAAUCUGCAAAGUGAGUGCCGGGAACGAAAACGCUUUCCAGACCACCUCCUACCUGUCUGCCCUUGCCAACAUGGACGGUGUUCUCCUCCCUCUGGUGUUGGGUCUCAGACGCUGGGCGCAGAUCUGUGAAAUCGACCGUCCAGAGGAAGGGGGUUUGCCUCCAUACGUGCUUGCCCUCAUGGUUAUCUUUUACUUACAGAAGCGCAAAGAGCCUCUCUUGCCUACUUAUCUAAACCAGGGGAUUAAGGUUUUUUCACUGAGUAGGCUGUCGGCCUUCAAUCUCACACAUACUGAUGAAGGGUACGUUCACUGGACCUACAACCCCCCUUCCGCCAAAGAAACCUCCCAGCCAGCAAAGAGCUCCACUAUGAAGGGGAAGGUACCGCUGGUGUUUCAGAGCGCCCACCCUGCGGUGGAAGUGGGGCUCCUCUGGAUAGAAAUGCUUCGCUUCUACUCGCUGGAAUUCAUCAUGGCCGACAACGUGAUCGGUGUGCGAACCAACGCCGUCCUCUCGAGGGAGAUGAAAGACUGGCCGAAGAAACGCAUCGCUAUCGAGGACCCGUUUGCUGUAAAGAGAAACGUGGCCCGCUCUGUGAACAGCCAGCAAAUGUUUGACUACAUCCUCCACUGCCUCAAGACCACCUACAAAUACUUCGCUCUUCCGCUCAACACGCCCGCUGCUGACCAAAGAGGAGAGGCCAGGCGGGGCCGUGAGCACGGAGCCUUCAGUGGCCUGUCUGCUUUCAGUCAGCUCUCCCUUCAGGCCCAACGUGCAAAUCAAACGCGGGCAGCAGACGACGGCCCCGACGACUCCGACUGCAUCAUUGAAGAGGAGGAGGAGAUCGAGGAGUGCAGUGACUCUGACAAAGAGAGAGAAAAGGCAGAUGGGGGCAAAAGCAAUCUCUCGGAAGAUGAGGAGGAUGAGGAGGAGCAGGACGAAGACCUCGAUGGUGAUAUUCAGGCGCAUGAUCGACAGCAUUUGGACAGCUUCACAACGGAGGACGAAGACAUUUACCCAGUUGAUGAGAUCUCUGGGGAGGAACUUCUGUCCGACGAGGAGGGCCCAGAUUUGGACACACCGGGUUCUCUGGAGGAGGAGGAUGAGGAGGAGCUGGCACAUGUCAGGCUUUCACCUUCGCCUACAAAAAGCGGAACUGAAAAUGAUUGCGCCAAGGCUAAAAACCAACAACAAAGCCGACUGGCUUACGAGUUCACCAAGCAGGCUUUUACCAAAGGAAAGUCGCACACGGUGGUGUGCAGCUUGUGUAAACGUGAUGGGCAUCUGAAGAAGGACUGUCCGGAGGAUUUUAAGAAGGUGGAGCUGGAUCCUCUCCCCCCGCUGACACCAGACUUCCUCCAUGUCCUAAACAGAGUCUGUGAACAAUGCUACAGCGACUUUGCCCCUGAUGACCGGGAAAACGGUGUGAGAGAGCUCAUCCUUCAAGACCUGGAGAGCUUUGUUCGACGACAGUUUGCUGGGGCUCGCCUGCAGCUGUUUGGCUCAUCCAAAAAUGGUUUUGGCUUCAGACAUAGUGAUCUUGACAUCUGCAUGGUUUUGGAGGGGAAAGAAACCAUGGAUGAAUUUGACUGCAUUAAUAUCAUUAAAGGCCUGGCAAGACAGCUGAAGAAACACCCAGGUCUUAAGAACAUACUUCCCAUCACCACAGCUAAAGUACCCAUUGUUAAGUUUUAUCACAUUCGCACUGGCUUGGAGGGAGACAUCAGCCUCUACAACACAUUGGCCCUUCACAACACACGCCUGCUAGCAUCAUACGCUGCCAUAGACAGAAGAGUGAAGAUCCUCUGUUAUAUCAUGAAGGUUUUUGCAAAGAUGUGCGAUAUUGGAGAUGCUUCACGGGGCAGCCUCUCCUCCUACGCCUACACUCUCAUGGUGCUGUUCUUCCUUCAGCAGAGAAACCCACCAGUCAUUCCUGUGCUGCAAGAGAUUUUUGAUGGCAAAACAAAGCCAGAAGUGCCUGUUGAUGGCUGGAACGUGUACUUCUUUGAUGAUUUAAAAACCCUGCCUCGUCUCUGGCCACAGUACGGAACGAACACCGAGACAGUGGGGGAGCUUUGGCUCGGCCUGCUCCGCUUCUACACAGAGGACUUUGACUUCAGAGAGCAUGUUGUUUGUAUUCGACAACAUGCCCGCCUCACCACGUUCAACAAACAGUGGACGUCCAAGUACAUUGUCAUCGAAGAUCCAUUUGACCUGAAUCAUAAUUUGGGUGCUGGUCUCUCCAGGAGAAUGACAAAUUUUAUCAUGAAGGCAUUCAUCAAUGGAAGAAGAGUGUUUGGCACACCGAUGAAAGUUUUGCCACCAGUAUAUCCCAGUGAAAUGGAGUAUUUCUUUGAUCCAGAAGUUCUAACUGAGGGACAAGUUGCUCCCAACGAUCGCUGCUGCCGCGUCUGUGGCAAGAUUGGACACUUUUUAAAAGACUGCCCCAUGCGCAACAAACCCAAGCACAGACGAGAUCCUGAUUCAGCGGAGGAUUUAAUGGAUCCAGUCAGGUACAAGAAUGAACACUGGAAGAAAAGAGAUGCACUGGACAUACGCUGCUGCUUCCUGUGUGGAUCAAGUGCCCACAUCAAGAAGGACUGUCACCUUUACAGAAGCCCCGCAGGUAAUGUGAAAAUGGAAAGCCUUACCUCCGCCUCAUCGGGCCACCUUAAAAAUUUGAGAGAAAAGGAGAAACAGGCGGUAUCUGCACAGGAAGAGAGGAGGAGAAAGCAACAGAAUGUAAUUCUAAGUCCGCAAGCAGGUAGUUUAGCUCGUCGAAAUGUAGGUCGUUCUGGUCCCAGGAAAACCCCAGAGGAGUGAGAGGGGCCACUGGAUACUCAGACCACAGGAUUUCUGCUGUUGUCCCUGCAGACUGCAUCCCAAACUGGGGAAGAUCCUUAAACCUGAGUGGAACUACUGGGUCAUGGGGUGCCCAUUAAAAAGCCAAAGCCUGGACAUCAACACUUGAAGCCAAAUAGGGCCUUUUUAUGUGUGUUUCCUCCUCAAAGGAGCUUUUAAAGCUUUCGUUUUAUCAAGAGAAGCCAUUAUACAUGUCCAGUGUCUUUGUUUGCAUUCAGUUUUAUUUUAUUUUUUUUAAGUAUUAUAAUUUACACUGCAGUCUAAUAAUGGUAAUUUCAAAUCCCAUCUCCCCCCCAAAUGCUCCCAAAGCUGUUAAAUUAAACAAAUAAGGUAUUAUUUACAGACAGUAUCUGCUGAAAUGUGAAGAAGGUUGACGAUCUUUUGAUGCCUUUAAUCUGUUAGAUUAACAAACUAUUUCAAACUAAAAUCACUGCGAUUCUAAGACGUAGCUCAGUUUACACAGCUCUUGUCUUCUAGAGAUUAAGACUUUUGAAUUUAAGAAAUACUUGAGGAUUUUAAUGGCAGUGUUUUUUGUGGCAUUCUUUCUUCACUAUAUAUUUUAAAUCCUCUCUUAAAUUCUGCUCUGCACUGAGUCCUAUUUGCUGUCCAAAUACCUCCAUUAAGUUCGGCUUCAAAAAAGGCAAAAAUCAAGUGUAUUGUUAAACUGCAAUUUCCUCUCAGCGUCUCACUGCUGCACCGUCUCUCAUCUGCCUACAUGUGGGCAGCGGACGACAGAAGCUGAACUUCCUCCACUGUUUCUCCAAACAAGGAGGUUACGAUUUAUAGAAAAAACACACCAAUUGUACCAGCUCUGUAUUCUCUGCUGCAAUCUUCACACACAAGCCUGUAAAUCUUGUCCUUUUAUUAUGAAUGCCACAGAUUGGUAGCUGCACUGUGAGGGUCCACACCCUUCAGAAUUUUUUGCUGCUUGGUUUGUUUUAAAGAUUUGAUUCAUCGUUGAAAAUAUGGUUAUUAUACCUUUUUAUUUUUUAAAACUUUCUAAAAAAGAUGUUUUUGAUUUGACCAGGGCUAAUUCUGAAAUUUAUUUUAUUGCCAGCCUUCUUAUCUUUUCUUAUAUUUGUUUCGGUGAACUCAAAUGAUCAAAGCUUCAAUAUGCAAUUAAGGAAAUCUGAUUCCAGGCAGGAAAGGCUGGCUUUCAAUCCAUCUUGUCUGGGGGAAAAAUAAACAAACAUCAAUUUAUGA